CAAUAAAUUCAACACUCAAAGUAGAGAACUCACAAGACUACUAGAUCAUUCUUCUCCAUAGAAUCUUCAUUCUGCAACUUCGUCGAUCAUGAUCUCUGUUGUAAUCAUCGCUGAGCUACUAGUGGAGUACACGACAGCUCUCGCUAAACUCACCGCUGAUAUUCUUCCGAGGCGGCAAGGCGACGGAAACUUCAUAAGGAUUGGCAAUUUCUCCAUGUAUUGUCCUCCUAGAUCCUCGCCCGUUCCUGAUUUCUCUUCGCAUCUCGUCGAUUUCUAAUCUUGUCAAUGUGUUUUUCUCUUCUUCUAUUCUUUUGGUCGAGUAGAUGAGUCACAGCUGAGGAUUUUGUUAACCUCUAUUUUGUUUUUUUUUUUCUAUUAACUUUUGUAUUUCUAACUCUUUCUCCAUGUCAUAACUAAUAUUCGAUUAUUUGUUUUCUUUAGAACAAUUAUGAUUUUGUAUU